AUGUCAACCCUUUUGCAAUUACUCUCCACAUACUACAAGUCAGUGAUAGAAUCAGAACGAAUAUAUAAUGAGUAUCAACUCAGUGCCAAUGUGCAACAUAUACCGAACAAUAAGAAUGGUAGCAGCAGUAGUACCAGUAUCAGCACAGACAGCAGAAUUGUUGAUGAGACAUUACUUUUGCAGAAACAAUUGACUCAAUUGACCUCACAAUUGCAAAAAUUAACCCAGGAGAAUGAAACUUUGAAAGAGGUACAGAAAAGUAAUAAGGCCUUAGCUGAGACGAAGAUACAGAAUUAUAAGAAACGGAUCAACAUUCUGGUUCAAAGGGAGAACGGGAAGAACACAGAAAAGGACGAGGAUCAGAAGAAGCCUGUGCUUCAUUUGUUUUCACCUUUGAGAAAGAGGGGUCUAGACGAGACCAAAGGCAGGAUAAAGAACAAGAAUGGAUCAGGACUGAGGGACGUUAUAAGCACUGGCAAGCACACAUUAUUUGAUGAUGACGAAGAUGAAGAUGAGAAUGAUGAUGACACAUCGCCAAAUAGGAGUGAGGACGUACUUUUCUUGCAAUCGUUGAACCCGUCUAGCAAGGGCAAGAACAACAAGAGGAGGAAGCUAAAAUUGAGCAGGAAAAAGAUUGAACAACUGGAUCCACAAGACCAAUAA